ACUGAUUUUCAGGCUCAAGAAAAUAAAACCAACCGGAUUACCGAACCCCGCCACUUUACUGAUUACUAAUCUUAAAGUCCCAUCAAUUUCAAACCAAAUUCGCCGAUCAAACCAAACCAACCCACCCUCCUUACAUUGGCCUCUCUCAAAUUCUUCAGAGGAUUAAAAAUGGCAACUUACAAUCUAGCUUUAGUUCUCAAAAACGCCUCAACUGAACCCCAAUUUCUGCUGAUUAAACAAACCCCACCUCCCAAAUUCUGCAAUCUAGAGUACGACUCCUUUGUUGACUCUCAUCUCUAUGAUUUGCCUUCCUCAAUGCUUAAUUUUCUUGACGGAGAUACGGUGGAACCAGCUGCUUUAAUUCACGGAUUGGAUUCUCUUCUGGAAAAGAUCGAUUAUAGGAAUUAUGAUCUUCAAUUGGCUAUUAACAGGGCAUUGGAGCAAGUGGGUGUUAAUGCAACUGAAGUGAAAGAUUGGAGCUUUUUCAAAUUUGUGGAGGAAGCUGAGUUUGGACCUGGAUUGCCUAUUCAUACAAUCUACUUUACUGGAAAUUUGGAAUCUAAUGAUGGAAAUUUACCAGAAGUAUGUAGAUGGAUGUCUAUCCAAAGUUGUCUAAAUCAGCUUCUACAUGUGAAACCAAGUAGUGAUCGUGUUGGACCUUUGGUAGUGAUUGGUGUUAUUAAUGACUUAGUGCAGUCUCCACAAUCAAAAGUCAAUACCAGUUUGCACCGCCAGGAGUAUCCUCCAGGUGUUACGCUCAUACCUAUGAAAACUAGGACAGCAAAGCCUUUCCGUACAACCAACAUGGUGAUAUUUGCACCUCAGAGCGUCUCAAAUGAUUGUGAGAAUUCUAGUUUUGUGGCUUGUGGAGAUGCAUUAAUAGUGGACCCAGGGUGCCUUUCUGAUCUUCAUGAUGAGCUCUUGAAAAUUGUUGCUGCGCUGUCCAGAAAGUUAGUUGUCUUUGUCACCCAUCAUCACCGUGACCAUGUUGAUGGUCUUUCUGUCAUCCAAAAAUGCAAUCCUAAUGCUAUAUUAUUAGCACAUGAGAAUACCAUGCGCCGAAUUGGGAAAGGUGAUUGGUCCCUUGGAUACACCUCAGUUGCUGGAGGAGAAGAUAUAUGCAUUGGCGGUGAAAGAUUGAAAGUCGUUUUCGCUCCGGGACAUACAGAUGGUCAUGUGGCACUGCUUCAUGUCAGCACUCACUCCCUGAUUGUAGGCGAUCAUUGCGUGGGUCAAGGAAGUUCCCUUUUGGACAUUCAAUCUGGUGGAAAUAUGACUGAUUACUUCCAGUCUACUUACAAAUUUAUUGACCUCGCCCCUCAUGCUUUGAUUCCAAUGCAUGGGAGAAUCAAUUUGUGGCCAAAGCACAUGCUCUGUACAUAUCUCAAAAAUCGCAGAAGUCGAGAAAAAGACAUAUUGAAAGCUAUAGAAAAUGGAGCAAAGAAAUUAAUUGACAUAGUUGCAAGCGUCUAUUCUGAAGUUGAUCGCCGUUUGUGGAUUCCUGCAGCGUCAAAUGUGCAGCUUCAUGUAAAUCAUCUGGCUCAGCAAAAUAAAUUGCCAAAAGAGUUUUCGGUUAAGAAGUUCGAAAGAAGCUGUAAGCUGCAUUUUUUUGCUUGGUGGAUGUGGGAGUAUCUGAGCAGUGGCAUCCUAACAAGGUAUAAGAACUUGAAUAAAUUUAAGUUAGUAUUUGCUGGAGUUGCUGGUUUUGCUGUAUUUUACUCUGUUAGCGACAACCUUAAAUGAGUCCAGGCAUAUCUUUUGGUAUUUCAUGCCAAUUGUGAUGCGUUUGGUUCAAAGGAAAAACUUGGUGGAAUUAUUUGUAAAUGAAAAUAGCUAUCUUUGAC